AUGGCUGAACAUAACAAUUUUGUGUUAAACAAUUCAACAAAUAUUGAAGGGUUGACACAACAUGUAAAUAAUUCUCAUGAGCUAACACCAAAUGCCUCUGAGUCAUUAUCAGAAAUAACGAAUACAAAUGAUUUACAAAUAUUCAAUCAGACUAAUUCAUGCCAUAAACAAAUAAAUUCUUCACCACAAAUGCAUCAAAGUAUGACGGAAUUAAGGGAAUCGUCAACAAAUAUAAUUAAUAUAACAAAUGAAGUAACAGAAUCAAAAUCACAUAUAUGUAAUGUUUCUACACAAUUAUGUAACUUAACAAAACAAAUAUGCAAUAAUACAGAAAAUUUAUGUAACAAUACAGAAAAUUUAUGUAAUAAUACAGGACAAUUAUCUAUGACACAUUUAUGCAAUUCUACAACAAAUUUAUGUAAUACUGCUCUACAAUUAUGUAAUGGAACAUCAAGUAAUACCACGGUUCAUAGAUUCGUACCAAGCUUAAGUUCGUUUGAAAGAUUAACUAUAGAUUUCUUCAGUAUAUGGUUAAUGUAUGGGUUUCUCUUAAUUGCUGUUAUAUACAAACAUUUUUUUCAGAAUAUUGUUAAGAAACUGUUUUGUCGACGUACAUCUCAUUACGAACCAAUUUCGAGAGGUGAAAAUGAGCAGGAUGAAGCAAGAGUUACAGAAGAAGAAAUUCAAGAAAUCUCAGAUGAAACAGUAAUUGAAAUGGUAGAUAUAAGAAACGUAGACGAAGAAAACAAAAGUCUAUUUAAGCGAAAUUGCAAAUAA